UCCUUCCAAUUCUUCUAAGCCAAAACACUCUUUCCUCUAUUGCACCAUCUCACAAAAUGGCUUCUUCCCAAUUCAUUCUCCUUGCCCUCAUUUGCUCCAUCCUCCUCCUCCUCGCUCCCUCCCAAACCCUAGCUCAGUCUCCUUCGGCCCCAGCCCCGGCUCCAUCAGGUCCCGUGAACUUCACCGGGAUCCUAGACAAGGGGGGCCAGUUCAAGACACUCAUCCACCUGAUGACAGUCGAGACACAGGUCGCGAAGCAGAUCGAGAACCAGCUCAACACCUCCAGUGAGGGGCUCACCGUGUUCGCCCCCACGGACAAUGCUUUCAACAACCUCAAGUCCGGCACCCUCAAUGACCUCUCCACGGAGAAGCAGGUCCAGCUCCUCCUUUACCACGUGCUCCCGAAGUACUACACCCUCCAGUCCCUCGUCACGGUGAGCAACCCCGUGCGGACGCAGGCCAACUAUGGGCUCAACUUCACGGGCCAGGCCAACACCAACCAGGUCAAUGUCUCAUCCGGCCUCGUCAAUACACAGGUCAACAACGCCUUGUACCAACAGAUGCCCUUAGCUGUCUACCAAGUGGACAAGGUCUUGCUGCCGGCAGAGCUGUUCGAGGCCUCGGCUCCCUCGAAUUCUCCUCCAGCACCAGCAACGAAGUCCAACGACUCAAACUCUACGACCUCAGCCAAGGGGCCGACUUCCUCAGACAACAGCGACUCCGGAGCGAGCCAGAUGAACCUGUGGUCCGGUAUGGUUGUUGGCAUCGUGGCUAUCUGCAUGGGGACUCUCUUGUAAUGAGAGAACUGAUCAUCAGAUAGUGAGUGAGUGGUUUUCAUUGAUUGCUUGACGAUGUGAUGAGGAAAGCUGUUUGAUGAGAAGAGUACGUGCAUUCAUGUCAUUUUCUUCAUUUGUAUCUUUCGUUUUUCUUUUUGGCCCAAUCGAAUUCAAUUUGUUACAUUUAUGCAAUUGUGCAACAUGCUGCUUAAAUAAUUUUAUUUCUUUUAAAAAUUAGCAACCUAAUAAGAUCCAGCACAUGUAUUUCAUCA